AAUGACCAUGUUAGCACUAAUAUUAACAUAUAAAUCUCUUGAAUUCAUUUGAUUUACACAUAUCAAACAGUAUCUUGAAGCUGUUAGAAUCCAUAAAUCAUGAGCAAGACCCUAUGCAUUUCUUUUGUUGUCCUGUUAUUGGUUUUUUACUCGGGUAAGAUCAGGAGUCUGGAAAUAGAAGGUGAAAUUGAGUUAUUUGACUUACCUUCAUGUUUAAGUGAACAUGGUAGCAAAGUACUCGUGAAUGUUGAUAGUUUUGGUGCUGUUGGAGAUGGCAUAGCUGAUGACACAAAGGCCUUUGGUAAUGCAUGGAAGCAAGCAUGCUCUACGCCAUCAGCUGUGCUUUUGGUUCCUCCAGAUAGCACUUAUCUAGUUAAUGCAACAAGAUUUAAAGGACCCUGCGAAGAAAAUUUAAUCAUUCAGAUUGAUGGGACAAUUGUAGCACCAAAUGAACCAAGUAACUGGGAUCCUAGAAACCCUAGAAUUUGGCUCUACUUUUCUAAUCUCACAGGAGUCCUUUUCCAAGGACACGGAGUUAUUGAUGGAUCAGGGAAGAAAUGGUGGGCUGCAUCUUGCAAAAAGAACAAAACAAAUCCAUGUGUAGGAGCUCCCACGGCACUAACAAUUGAUCAAAGUUCAUCUAUUGAAGUGAAUGGUCUUACUGUCCAGAACAGCCAACAGAUGCAUUUUACUAUAUCACGUUCUGAAUCUAUUCGCAUCUUCAAUGUUGUAGUCUCGGCUCCUGAAGACAGUCCUAACACCGACGGAAUCCAUCUUACUGCAUCUAAAAAUGUCGUUAUUCAGAACACUAAAAUUGGGACAGGUGAUGACUGUGUCUCAAUCGUGAGUGGUUGCUCUAAUAUCAAAAUGAAGACGAUAUAUUGUGGGCCUGGUCAUGGAAUCAGUAUAGGAAGCCUUGGACAAAAUAACUCUACGGGUUUCGUCACAGCAGUAGUCUUGGAUUCGGCAUUCCUCAAAGGCACUACAAAUGGCCUUAGGAUUAAGACAUGGCAGGGAGGAUCUGGUUACGUUAGAGCUGUUCGCUACCAGAACGUUCAAAUGGUAGAUGUGGCUAACCCCAUUAUUGUCGAUCAAUUUUAUUGCGAUUCGCCUAAAAGCUGUCAAAAUCAGACUUCAGCUGUGGAGGUAAGUCAAAUUAUGUAUCAAAACAUCAGUGGGACGUCAAAAAGUCCAAAUGCGAUGAAAUUUGCUUGCAGUGACUCGGUUCCCUGUAAACAAAUUGUUCUCAAUAACAUAAACUUACGGAGAACUGAUGGGAAAGCUGCUGCAACUUUCUGCAACUCUGUUGAGGGCUUUAUCUAUGGCUAUGUUCAACCUCCUGCAGACUGUUUGAUGCCCUCUAAUGACUCGUUCAACAAUCCAUCUGAAGGAAAUGAACUCGGGAGUGAGUUUUUGAUCCAUACUGAACUUUAGUUUGUUAGUUGCUCAAGAGGUUUGAAUAUUAUCUAAGCAUUUGAGCGUCGUGUGAGUAUACAAGGUAUUCAUUUCAAGUUGUAACAACUAAUGAGUAUAACUAGAUGCUGACAUCUGUAGUCAAAGACAUCUUUUAAAUAGAUAAAUAGUUCCUUCAUGUACAUACUUUUUAUUCUUGAGUCGCUUAUUACAUACAUUUGAUGUUUAUAAAUUCAACACAAAUACAUUAUAUA